UAGGUAUGCAUUAUGUGAUACGGAUGGCGCUAAAUAUGAGAUGACAUCAUUGAUAAAUAUUUCUGCACCUUUUUGCACUGGGGGACCUGCUCUAUGGUUAACUGACCCCCACCCAAAUGAUAUAGCUAUUGGAGAAAUAAGAAAGGAAGAUGCACAAAUAAACAGACAAUGUAACGCGGAACAAGCAAGACCAAAUGCGGAAGUUGAAAUAAGCAGGUGUUCUGCCGGAUAUUUCAUCUACCGGUUCAGGCAUGCUCUUGAUUACGACAAGUGCUUUUUUGUCAAAACAUGGACUGUUCAUGCCAUUAAAGUGUCAACAUCCCCAUCUACUACGAGUUCGUCGCCAGUCCUCCCGUCGUCGUCAGUUCAACUGAAACCGUCCUCUCAUGCCGUGGCUACCACUCCAAUUUCGAUACAUACUUCCAUCCUUGUAUCAACCGCUACGUUACCGCCAGUCCUCCCAUCAUCUUCAGUCAAACCAACAUCGUCCUAUCAAGAGGUAGCGGCUACCAUUCCAAUUCCGAUACCUUCUUCAAGCCCUGUAUUAACCAUUACGUCCCAACCAGACCACCCAUCGUCUUCAGUCAAACUAACAUUGUCCUCUUCAGAGGUAGAAGCUACCACUCCAAUUUUCAAAUCUUCUUCAAGCCCUGUAUUAACUAUCACGUCAUCACCGGUCAUACCAUAUUCAUCACUCCAGGAAUUAUCUUCCUCUUCAGCAAUAGUGACUACAAGUGGUACUUCUACUUUUACAUCUGCCUUUGACACUGCAUUAUUUGCCUCCUCCAUUAAACCCUCUAUAUCUUUAUCAAUAAUAUCUUCAAGUAUUUUGCUACCAACAACAACUACAAACAAAGUGAUGUUCACUGUCAAAUUCACCAUGAUGGAAUGGAGCCCAGAGUUACAGAAGCAAGGAAGUUCUUUAAGGACAAAACUUGUUGAAGCAAUAACGAUAAACAUUCAGAAUUUCUACGCAGGAGACUCCAUCUUCAAAUACAUAACAGUGACACUUUUCAGGAAAGGAAGUGUCAUAAGUGAUUUCAACAUCGGCUAUGCAGCACUGGAUUCUAUCCAAAUCCUGAAGCUACAAGAACAUGUCACGAUGACUGGAAAAAUAUCUACAAUUCCGGCACAGAUUCUGAAUAUUUCAUCAGAUAAAGUCCCAAAUGCUCCUAUAAUAACGUCUGCGACAAGUUUUAAUUCCACAUCCAUUCAACUCAACUGGACAAGUGUUUCAGAUGCAGGAGGCAUGGGUUAUCUUGUGUACUACAAAGAAGCUGGCAGUCGAUUUGAUCCAGUUAAGUUCAAGUCUGUAUUGCCUGCAUUCACGCAAACAGUGAUCAGCAGCCUUCGAAAAUUUACACGCUAUACAUUUCGUGUCCUGGCUUCUUCCAGUAAUGGAAAUGGAGUAGCAAGUGAACCUGUUACGAUAUCCACAGAUGAAGAUGUUCCAUCCGUGCAACCAAGUAAUUUUGAAAUAAUCGUGUACAGUGCUACAAGAAUAGGUCUAGUUUGGGAUGCGAUCAAAGACGACCAGGCUAAUGGCAUUCUACUUGGAUAUAACGUAUCAUUGACAUGGCGCGAUAAGAUGGAUAAUCAAUUGAAGACGAUUCUUAGAACUGUUUUGCCAGCUGGUGGCUCACCCAUGAUCUUACUGGACGAUUUACAGAGCAAUACAGAGUGUACUUUCAUAGUUUGUGGAUUUACUUCAAAAGGUUGUGGACCCUGGAGUAUAGAAGUGAUUGGACGAACCUUGUCUGAUGUUCCUAGUCAACCUCCAAGUAACAUAACUUAUUCAAAUUUCACAUCAACGUCUUCUGCAACAAUCCACUGGAACCCAAUUCCUCUCGGUCACGUCAAUGGCAUUCUGCAAGGCUACCAACUAACCUACACACUGGUAACACAAUCAGAAUUAGACGUUGAGGAUGGAACUUCGACAACACGGUUUAUUGGACCUAAUAAUCGUUCAUUGGAACUAAUUGACUUACAAGCUCACUCCAUUUACAGAGUGGAGAUCGCUGGUAUCAAUGAUGUUGGAAUAGGAGUGGCUCAGACUGUGUAUGUUGAAACUUGUCGCUGUCCAAAAACUCUCUACACGAACUUCUGGGUCCAUCCUCCCUACUUGACCCAAAACACCAGUACUGGUGUCAUUGAUGGGAUCUUUCCCAACAUCGUGACUCAAAUGCUAACUUGGGCCUGUGGUGUUUGUAACAACGGGCAUGGAGAUACGAUACUAAAUAUGACGUCUAACGGGAGAGAUAUGACGUCAUUAAAGGACAGUGUCGUUGGGGUAAUAGAAGACAUUGAUGAUGUUCCACAAGUCAGUUUUCCAAUCUAUGGGAACAAGGAUUUUAAAGAGUACAAAGGAUCUCAUCAAUAUGUGCACGUAGUAGACUCCCCUGGAAUAGCAUUUAUAACAGUCAAAGAACCACUUAAACAGUUUGCUGUCACAAACGUCGUAAUAGGCUGUUUACCACUCCUUGGUCUGAUCAUGUGUAUGACAUUCAUCUCUGGAUUUGCUGUCUGGCUAUUGGAAUCAAGGCAAAAUGAGCAAUUCCCGGUGAAAUUUACUAAAGGAAUAAGGGAAGGAUUUUGGUGGUCUUUCAUUACCAUUACAACUGUUGGCUAUGGUGAUCGAUACCCUAUUUCUGUAAUCGGUCGUUUAUUUGCAAUUUUGUGGACCCUUUGUGGCUUGGUGACUAUUUCAAUUCUCAUUGGUGGAUUAACAGCAUCCCUGACAACGGUUACAAUGAGUGGUGGCAUCAUGAUUUAUGGGACGAAGACAACUGUAAUUGAGAACUCAACUGAACAUAACGUAGGAAUACUCAAGAAUGCAAAGAUCAAAAACGGAUAUCUUUGCAACAAUGUAGCUUGCAUUAAAGGAAAUUUGGAAAAAGGUGUUGUCAGAGGUACUUUGAUUGACACCUACGUAGCCGCUGACCAAAAAUAUCUCCUUUUCAAUGCGAAUAUUAGUGUGACAAAAUUAGUCGAGAAGAAGAUCGGUUACGGUGUUGUUUUGUCUGGGGAAGCUAAAGUCGUACAAAAGAGAUGUAAUGAUUUUAUGAAAAGAAAAGUUGAAGAGGUUUUCAAGGUUAUACAAAACUACACAAGCWCUCUAGAGGCAGCUUCAAGAAGCAGUGCUGUCGAAAGGAGCUCCGGUCUAUUUGACAGCGAAUCUCCCGUUUUCGAAAAGACACUGAAAUGGCUAAUGUUUGGAUUGAUAAUUGCUGUGAUUUGUGGUCUCCUUUGGGAGUUGAUCUGGCGAAUAAGGCAUAAAAGAACAGCUGUAAGGAUAACGCCACAACUAUAUGCAAGACUUUCAGCGAUAAAAGAAUGCAAGGAAUUUGUGUGUACAUUUUUCGAAAAUUUUAAGAAAAACAUGGAAAGCCUGAGGAAGAAGCACUUGCAGGAAAGAAAAAAAUUUAUCUACGAAAUGCGAAAAAAAAUUAGAAAACCUGAAAUGAUUCAACUUUCUGUUUUAGAGAAAAAACAAUCGUAAUUUUUUGAGUAUUUUUCAUAAAAACUCGACGAGUCUUCUGAAUAGAGUACUCAAGUUUGGCUUUUGAAACAACUUUUGCAUCUCUAAUUUAUAUUGAAAAUCAAAAAAGACGUUUGCACGCCAAAUUUGACGAGUCGGAAAAACAUCAGCCGAGGUAUGGCCAGUCUAACUAUAUAAUCUCAUCAUACAAAUAACUAUAUUUUCGGCUCGCUUCAAACGUUUACAACAGACUUCAGGAGCCAAAAAUAUAGGGCCUUAGAGGAAGAAAUAUCAUAUAUAACAUAUUAUAUUCAAUAAGCCUGGAGCGAGAUGACGUUUUGCCCCCGUCUCUAGACCAUUAAUCCUUUUCA